GCAAUUUGUUUUCAUAACCUUCUUAAUACGUCACCUCUGACAAAGUAAAAUAAAACAAGAGAAGCAUUGUUUAUUUGUGCUUGAUGGUCAAGUCCAUAAUAUAAUAUUGUCCUAUUUGGUUGACCGAGGAAAAUCCCAUGAACCAAACGGUCCCAUAAAAGCUCUUGAUCUAAUAUAAAUCUCACAACAUUGUAGAGUUUUCAAAAGCUAAAAAGGCGUUCAUUCUCAUUUAUAUUGCAAUGAGGCAAAAGCAUUUGCUAACCGGAGCUCUAGUGGCUGGUAUCUUAGCUGCAAUCAGCUUACUCCCACCACGCGGUAAUAUCGAGUUCAGUUUCUACAAACUUAGCUUUCGAUGGCCGCCUUCUGCAUGUAACGUGGGCACUCUAAAAUGUUUACCAGAUACCCUUGGCUAUUUUACCAUCCAUGGUUUGUGGCCAACGUAUGCAGAUGACACGGAAGUACCUCGGUAUGACCCGAAAAAGAAUAAGUGCACCGAUGUCACUCCUGUAGACCCGAAAAACCUUUUGCCUGAAUUGAAGAACAUCGAAGAUACUUUGCAAAAAUGUUGGCCAAACUAUAAGAAUUAUAAAAAUAUAAACAUGUGCGCAGAAAGCUGGAAACAUGAAUGGGUUUACCAUGGAAUUUGUUCGGAUUAUGCGGCCGACAAGCCUUUGGAAUACUUCAGCGCUGCGUUAACAUUUGCCAAAGAAUAUGAGUAUGAUCCGUUAAAAGGCACAAAUGUUCAACCUCGAGAAGAGCCUUAUGAAGCACAAGAAAUUAUAAAUGCUGUCAAAGCAAAAGUUGGAAAAACUCCCCAAAUUCAAUGCAACAAGAACGGAGAAACGCUUCAAUUGCUGGAAAUUCGUUUAUGUUUUGAGAAGAACAAGUCUUCUAUCACCCCCAGGGACUGCCCAAAAACAUUCACACCGGAUGGCCUCUGUCAAAAGGAGACUGACCAAAUCAAAAUCACUCCACCACCAAAAGUUGAUUUGCUAGGAUAUAAGACCUGCAUUGAAGCUAUGAAUGAAUAUGAAAGUGUACUUUCCAAUGAGCUAUAACGAAAUAAUAAAUCUGUGGGACUAUUUACAUAUUUUCUAAAAUAUUAUUACAAAUAAAAGCAGCUCAGGCCUUAAUUUUCCCAGUUGUACAUGUACAGGGUUUGCUUUAAUGAAAUUACAUUGCAUAUGUUUAACUAUUGAUGUCCUAUUUAUUACAAAUCAAACCAUAUAAUAGUCACUCUCAAGCAUCGUUGUGAUGUGAUAAUGA